CGCCUCACAGGAAAGAUGGCGCACAGCGGUCGGUGGCGCUUCCCGGCCCGGCCCGGCAGCGGCGCCGGGGGCCGCCGCGGGCUGGGGGGGGCCCGGUUGCGGGUGCCGGCCGUGCGCAGCCUGCGGGGCGCCGAGCCGGGGGCGGCGGCGGGGGGCGAGGGCGAGCGCGGCGGCCCCGGCCCCGGCGCGGCGGCGGGAAGCGGGGGAGGCGGGGCAGCGCCGGGCCCCGCGGGCCCCGGGCUGGGACCGGGCUUCGACGCGGCGCUCCAGGUCUCGGCCGCCAUCGGCAUCAACCUGCGGCGCUUCCGAGCCGCCUGCGGCGCUGAGGCGGGCGGCGGCGAGGAUGAACAGUUUCUAGGCUUUGGUUCAGAUGAAGAAGUCAAAGUCCCAAGUCCCGCCAGGUCCCCCACAGUUAAAUCCAGUCCAAGGAAACCUCGCGGGAGGCCUCGGAGCGGUUCUGAACGGAGUUCAGCUGUGCUGUCAGACUCUUCAUCGGUUUGUUCCCCUUCAAGCAAGUCUGAAUCCACAUCCAUGGAGAAAGUGAAGAAGAAAGAAUCAAAGAGUGGGGAGAAAAGACGAGGAAGACCUCCAACGCUUACGAGUGUGAAGUUCAAACUGUCACAAGUAAAGGACUCGUCAGACGUUCAGAAGGGCAGUAAGGAAGAAAAAGAGAGUCUGAAAAAAAUCAAAAGGUCACCAUCCACUACAUUUCAGCAAGCAACUAAAAUCAAGAAAUUAAGAACUAGUAAACUCUCCCCACUGAAAUCUAAAUUUAAGCCUGGGGCGAAACUUCAGAUUGGGAGGAAGAGCGUUCAGAUCGUGCGCAGGAGAGGUAGGCCACCAUCCUCUGAGCGCUUAAAGACUUCCUCAGCCUUAGUCAUCAACUCGCAGCUGGAGAAACCCCAGAGGAUUCGCAAAGAAAAGGAUGGCACGCCGCCUCUUACGAAAGAAGAAAAGACUGCUGUCAGACAGAGCCCGCGCAGGAUUAAGCCCGUUAGGAUCAUACCUUCCACCAAAAGGACAGAUGCCACGAUCGCUAAGCAGCUCUUGCAGAGGGCUAAAAAGGGGGCACAGAAAAAGAUAGAGAAAGAAGCAGCCAAACUGCAGGGCAGGAAGGGGAGAACCCAGCUCAAAAAUAUCCGACAGUUCAUCAUGCCGGUUGUGAGUGCGAUCUCUUCACGGAUUAUUAAAACACCCAAACGGUUCAUCGAGGAUGAAGACUACGAUCCUCCUAUUAAAAUAUCCAGACUGGAAUCCACACCAAACAGCAGGUUCAGCGCUACGUCCUGUGGCUCCAGUGAAAAGUCCAGCGCUGCUUCUCAGCAUUCGUCUCAGAUGUCUUCAGACUCCUCGCGGUCCAGCAGCCCCAGCGUGGAUACAUCUACAGACUCCCAGGCUUCCGAGGAGAUGCAGGCGCUUUCUGAGGAGCGAAGCAAUACUCCCGAAGUUCACGCACCGCUGCCUGUUUCUCAGUCCCCUGAAAACGAUAACGGCGACAGGAGAAACAGGAGAUUUUCAAUAACAGAAAGAAGUUUUGGACAGAGGACUGCCAAGAAGUUGUCGGCCUUGCCCAGCGUGCCGCAGCAGCAGUCCUCCUCCUCUCCUCCUCCUCCUCUGCUCACUCCCCCACCACCGCUACAGCCUGCUUCCAGCAUCUCGGACCAUACCCCUUGGCUGAUGCCUCCCACCAUACCGUUAGCCUCACCUUUUCUUCCUGCUUCUGCUGCGCCCAUGCAAGAGAAACGGAAGUCAAUUCUGCGAGAGCCAACAUUCAGGUGGACCUCCCUGAAGCAUUCCAGGUCGGAACCCCAGUACUUCUCAUCAGCAAAAUAUGCCAAAGAGGGUCUUAUUCGCAAACCGAUCUUCGAUAACUUCAGACCCCCACCGCUGACACCAGAGGAUGUUGGUUUUGCAUCCGGCUUCUCGACGCCUGGUGCAACAGCUCCAGCACGUCUGUUCUCUCUCCAGUCUGGAACAAGGUUCGACAUGCACAAGAGGAGCUCUCUGCUGAGAGCGCCCAGAUUCAUGCCGAGCGAGGCCCACUCCAGGAUCUUUGAAUCUGUAACCCUGCCCUCAUCGGUUGGUCGAACCACUACAGGGACUUCUGCAACAGGUGUCUCCUCUCGGAAGCGGAAGAGGAGAGUGUUCAGCCCCAUCCGAUCGGAACCCAGAUCUCCUUCGCACUCCAUGAGGACGAGAAGCGGGAGACUUAGUACCUCUGACCUGUCAACUCUCACCCCACAGUCCUCUGUCUCUUCCUCAUUGACUAGCAUUUCUGUUAGUUCUCUCGCCACUAGUGCCUUAAAUUCAACUUUUACUUUUCCUUCCCAUUCCCUAACGCAGUCUGGGGAAUCAGCAGAAAGGAGCCAGCGACCGAGGAAGCAGACGAGCACUCCAGCAGAGCCUUUCUCAUCCAGCAGCCCUGCUCCUCUCUUCCCCUGGUUCAUGUCAAGUCCCCAGACUGAGAGGGGCAAGAGCAAGGACAGGGCAGCGGAGGAACUCUCCAAAGAUAAAGACGCUGACAAAAGCCUGGAGAAGGACAAGAGCAGAGAGAAAGACAGAGAGAGAGAAAAAGAGAACAAACGGGAGUCAAGGAAAGAGAAAAGGAGAAAAGGGUCAGAAAUCCAGAGUAGCUCUGCUUUGUUUCCUGUAGGUAAAAUGCCCAAAGAAAAAGCUGUCAGCGAAGAUGUUGCAGCAUCAUCGUCUGCCAAGAAAACUGCUGGGCGGAAGAAGUCAACAGCAAUAGACCCUGCGGCAGAUGCUUCCACUGCCGCUCUGGCAGAUACAGCAGCCACCAAAACCAAAACCUCGAAGAAAGGCAGAGGAGGGUUGGACAAAUCAGACCUGGACCUCAGCCCUACUGUGCCCUCUUUGGAGAAGGAAAAAUCCCUGCGUCUUUCUACUCCUUCGUCAAGCACUGUUAAACAUUCCGCUUCCUCCAUCAGCUCUAUGUUGGCACAGGCAGACAAACUGCCCAUGACCGACAAGAGGGUGGCCAGUCUUCUGAAAAAGGCCAAAGCCCAGCUGUACAAGAUUGAGAAGAGCAAGUCCCUCAAACAAGCAGAUCAGCCAAAAGCACAGGGACAAGAGAGCGACUCGUCGGAAACAUCAGUCCGAGGACCACGGAUAAAACAUGUUUGCAGGAGAGCAGCUGUCGCACUGGGCCGCAAGCGAGCAGUGUUUCCUGACGACAUGCCCACUCUGAGUGCCUUACCGUGGGAAGAGCGGGAGAAGAUUCUGUCUUCCAUGGGGAAUGAUGAUAAGUCAUCGAUAGCUGGCUCAGAAGAGGCUGAACCUCUUGCUCCACCUAUCAAGCCAAUAAAGCCGGUUACCAGGAACAAGGCGCAGCAAGAGCCACCGGUGAAGAAAGGCCGGCGUUCCAGGCGCUGUGGGCAGUGUUCGGGCUGUCAAGUGCCGGAGGACUGCGGCGUCUGUACCAACUGUCUGGACAAACCCAAGUUUGGUGGGCGCAAUAUAAAGAAGCAGUGCUGCAAAAUGAGGAAAUGUCAGAACCUUCAGUGGAUGCCUUCGAAAGCCUACCUGCAGAAGCAAGCUAAAGCUGCAAAAAAGAAAGAGAAGAAAUCGAAGACAAAUGAAAAGAAGGAAAGCCAUUCUGGGAAGAACCAGCUGGACUCUGGGCAGAAACAAACGCCUCCGACCAUCAUACCAAGGGAAGACAACACCGUGAAGAAGGGCAGUGAACCUGCCCGUAAGCCCGUUGAGGAAAAGCAUGAGGAUGGGAAUUCCUCCCUUCUGGUGUCAGAGCCCAAACAGGUCCCUGCAUCUGGUACCAGGAAGGCUGGCAAGCAGGUGUCCCAGCCAGCCCAGCUCCCUCCUGCUCAGCCACCAAGCUCAGGACCCUUGAAAAAAGAAGCACCGAAACCUCCCACUUCUGAGCCUAAGAAAAAGCAGACUCCCCAGCCAGAAAUAGGCACUGAACAAAGCAAACAGAAAAAAAUCACUCCCCGUCCAGCUUUUCCUGUGAAACAGAAACCAAAAGAAAAGGAAAAGCCCCCUCCUCUAAGCAAGCCUGAGAGCAGCACACUGAACUUGCUCAGCACCCUGACUAACGGAAGCAGUUCCAAGCAAAAGCCACCUACAGAUGGGGUCCACAGAAUCCGAGUGGAUUUCAAGGAGGACUGUGAAGUGGAGAAUGUUUGGGAGAUGGGUGGGUUAGGCAUCGUCACCUCGGUACCUAUUACCCCCAGGGUGGUCUGUUUUCUCUGUGCCAGCAGCGGACACGUGGAGUUUGUGUAUUGUCAGGUCUGUUGUGAGCCUUUCCACAAGUUCUGCUUGGAGGAGAGCGAGCGGCCCCUGGAGGACCAGCUGGAAAACUGGUGCUGCCGCCGCUGCAAGUUCUGCCACGUCUGUGGGAGACAGCACCAGGCCACCAAGCAGUUGCUGGAGUGUAACAAGUGCCGAAACAGCUAUCACCCCGAGUGCCUGGGCCCCAACUACCCAACAAAGCCCACCAAGAAAAAGAAAGUUUGGAUAUGCACCAAAUGUGUUCGCUGCAAGAGCUGUGGAUCGACAACGCCAGGCAAAGGGUGGGAUGCACAGUGGUCUCACGACUUCUCUCUCUGUCACGACUGUGCCAAACUCUUUGCUAAAGGAAAUUUUUGUCCUCUCUGUGACAAAUGCUACGAUGAUGACGACUAUGAGAGUAAGAUGAUGCAAUGCGGGAAAUGCGACCGCUGGGUCCACUCCAAAUGUGAAAACCUUUCUGAUGAAAUGUAUGAGAUACUCUCUAACCUGCCUGAGAGCGUAGCAUACACCUGCAUUAACUGCACCGAGCAGCAUCCUGCAGAGUGGCGUCUGGCACUAGAAAAGGAGCUGCAGGUUUCCUUAAAGCAAGUUUUAACAGCCCUGUUGAAUUCCAGAACUACAAGCCACUUGCUGCGGUAUCGACAGGCAGCAAAACCACCUGACUUAAAUCCUGAGACGGAAGAGAGCAUCCCAUCCAGAAGCUCUCCUGAAGGUCCCGAUCCGCCUGUGCUAACAGAAGUCAGUAAACAGGAGGAGCAGCAGCCUCUGGAUCUGGAAGGAGUGAAAAGAAAAAUGGAUCAAGGAGGUUAUGUUUCUGUGUUGGAUUUCAGUGAUGAUAUUGUGAAGAUAAUUCAAGCAGCCAUCAAUUCUGACGGAGGGCAGCCAGAGGUGAAGAAAGCCAAUAGCAUGGUCAAGUCCUUCUUUAUUCGGCAAAUGGAGCGUGUUUUUCCAUGGUUCAGUGUAAAAAAGUCCAGAUUUUGGGAGCCAAAUAAAGUAACCAGCAACAGUGGUAUGUUGCCGAAUGCCGUGCUGCCCCCUUCGCUUGACCAUAAUUAUGCUCAGUGGCAGGAGCGUGAAGAGAACAACCGCACUGAACAGCCUCCUCUGAUGAAGAAAAUCAUUCCAGCUCCAAAACCCAAAGGGCCUGGAGAGCCGGAUUCACCGACUCCUCUGCAUCCUCCUACACCACCUAUCUCAAGCUCUGACAGAAGCAGAGAAGACAGUCCUGAACUUAACCCACCUCCGGAUGUCGAAGACAACAGGCAGUGUGCAUUGUGCCUGAAGUACGGUGAUGACAGCGCUAACGAUGCGGGGCGUCUUCUCUAUAUUGGCCAAAACGAAUGGACGCACGUGAACUGUGCUCUGUGGUCAGCAGAAGUGUUUGAAGAUGACGAUGGUUCUCUGAAGAACGUGCACAUGGCUGUGAUCCGGGGCAAGCAGCUGCGGUGCGAGUUCUGCCAGAAGUCGGGUGCCACGGUGGGCUGCUGCCUCACUUCCUGCACCAGUAACUAUCACUUCAUGUGCUCACGAGCCAAGAACUGCGUCUUCCUGGACGAUAAGAAAGUUUACUGCCAGAGGCAUCGUGACUUGAUCAAAGGAGAGGUGGUUCCCGAAAAUGGGUUUGAAGUUCUGAGGAGAGUUUUUGUGGACUUCGAAGGGAUCAGUUUGAGAAGAAAGUUCCUCAGUGGCCUGGAACCGGAGAAUAUCCACAUGAUGAUCGGUUCCAUGACCAUAGACUGCUUAGGAAUUCUGAAUGACCUCUCCGACUGUGAAGAUAAGUUGUUUCCCAUCGGCUAUCAGUGCUCCAGGGUGUACUGGAGUACUACUGAUGCCAGGAAACGCUGCGUCUAUACCUGCAAGAUCAUGGAGUGCCGGCCUCCAGUCAUAGAGCCUGACAUCAACAGCACCGUAGAACACGAUGAUAACAGAACCAUUGCCCACAGCCCAGUUCCCCUUACAGAAACUCUACCUAAAGACAGCCGCAGUACUCCCGAAAUAGUAAACCCGCCAUCGCCGGAUCGUCCCUUGCACUCUCAGACCUCUAGUUCCUGUUACUAUCCCAUGAUCUCCAAGGGUCCCAGGAUCAGGAUGCCGAGUUACCCACCCACACAGAGGUCUCCUGGCUCCAGGCCAUUACCUUCUGCAGGAAGUCCCACCCCAGUGACCCAUGAAAUCGUGACAGUAGGAGACCCUUUGCUGUCCUCUGGACUGAAGAGCAUUGGUUCAAGGAGACACAGCACCUCUUCUUUGUCGCAGCAGCAAUCAAAACUCCGCAUGACUUCCCCUACACGAGCUGGGAACACUUAUUCCAGGCACAGUGCAUCUUCAGCUUCCAACGUGGGCUCCUCUUCAGAACACGAACCAAGUGUCAAAAGCACUGACCGCUUCGUGGGGUCGCUGAACGCAGGUACUCCGAGUACUCCAGUUCAAAGCUGCACUGCCAGUUCAGGUUCCCAAAAAACAGUGGCUACAAGUGGAAGCAAAACUUACCAGCUGGAUGCAUCACAGUCUACAGAAGGAAAACUUCCUAGCAGCUCAGAUUCAGUAGCCAAAGGUGCGCCUUCUAAGGGAGAGAAGAUGAAAAUGCUGACCUCAAAGGAUGCGGAUUACUCAGCUCAUAGCUUUGCUUCUGGAGGAAACUCCAAAAUGUCCACUCAGCUGACCAGUCCAUCAGGUGCAGAAAUGAAUGUUAAAAUGGGAACCUUUCAAGAAAGUUCAGGAUCAUUUUCCUCCAAAGAUGCAGUGUCCUUCCCACCCUUGCAUCAGAGAGGCCCGAGGAAAGACAGAGAUCAGCACGUGGAACCUGUCCAGCCAGAGAAGACAACUUUGGUCGAAGAGGUGGAUGCAAAGACCUUGAAGUCUGCUGGAGUGAACAGCAGGUCUCCUGCAGCGAGCGAGCAAGGAGUUUCUGCCCCUCGAGAGAGGCGUCAGAAGGGGAAGAAGUUAAUGAAAGAGAGUUUCAAAGAGAAACACUCCCUGAAAUCCCUUACAGAUUCCAGCCAAGGAGUAGGCAGCGAUGAAGGAAACCUGAAACCAGAAUUUGGUAAUCAGGGUUUGGGAACUGAGCAAAUCAGCCAGAGGUUGUGUAAUAAUAUUCCUGCUGAAAAAGCUGGCGAGAAGUCUCCACCUUCGCAAGGAUCAUCUAAAGGUUCCGCAGCACAGAUUGAGGCGGCCUCUGCCUCCAAGGAGUCGCAGGCACCUAGGAAACGCACCAUUAAAGUCACUCUGACUCCUCUAAAGAUGGAAAGUGAAAACCAGUCUAAGAAUGCACAGCAGGAAAGCGAUGGUGAACCUCAGUCUGCAGGAACAGAACUGCCUGCUUUGGCAGAGCCCUCCUCAACUUCUGAGAGCCCAGAAGAUAACUCUGUAGUUCAGGGAACUCCAAACGAAGCACCAGCACAAGAAUCUCAGAAUAACACAUAUGAAAAUCUGCCCGUUCAAGACAACAACUUGAUGCUCCAGGAUGGAACGAAAGCUCAAGAAGAAGGCUCGUACAAGCGGAGGUAUCCACGGAGAAGUGCUCGGGCCAGAUCCAAUAUGUUCUUUGGAUUGACUCCUCUGUACGGCGUGAGGUCUUACGGAGAGGAAGACAUUCCCUUCUACAGUAACUCAACUGGGAAGAAGCGGGGAAAGCGGUCUGCGGAGGGGCAGGUGGAUGGCGCAGAUGACUUGAGCACAUCGGAUGAAGAUGAUUUAUACUACUAUAACUUCACAAGAACAGUGGUUUCCUCGAACCCUGAGGAAAGGCUGGCAUCUCAUAACUUAUUCAGGGAGGAGGAGCAGUGCGAUCUUCCAAAAAUCUCACAGCUUGAUGGUGUGGAUGAUGGAACCGAAAGUGAUACGAGCGUGACGGCAACAACGAGGAAAGUCAGUCAAGUGACGAAAAGGAGUGGUAAGGAAAAUGGAACAGAGAACUUAAAGCUUGACAGAGCUGAAGAAGCUGGAGAGAAAGUACAAGUCACCAAGAGCUCCACUGUCCAUAAAGCCGACCCGAAGAUUGAUAACUGCCAUCCUGUGAGCAGGGUCAAAGCACAGGGCCAGGAUUCGCUGGAAGCUCAGCUGAGCUCCUUGGAAACGGGCCGCAGGGCUCAUGCAAGCACCCCUUCAGACAAGAAUUUACUGGACACUUUCAACACAGAACUUCUGAAAUCUGACUCUGACAAUAACAACAGCGAUGACUGCGGGAAUAUCCUCCCUUCCGACAUCAUGGACUUUGUGCUGAAGAACACACCGUCUAUGCAGGCAUUGGGAGAAAGUCCGGAGUCUUCCUCAUCUGAACUUCUGACCCUUGGAGAAGGUUUAGGCCUCGACAGCAACCGUGGCAAGGACAUGGGUUUGUUUGAGGUGUUCUCCCAACAGCUGCCAACCACUGAGCCAGUGGAUAGCAGUGUCUCUUCCUCCAUGUCAGCAGAGGAGCAGUUUGAAUUGCCACUGGAGCUUCCUUCCGAUCUCUCUGUUCUGACCACUCGCAGCCCUACAGUGCCCAGCCAGAACCACAAUAGGCUCGCUGUCAUCUCUGAGUCUUCGCUUUCCUCCUCAGGAGAGAGGUCGAUGCUUGCCUUGCCUUCCGCAGAGUCUGGGGAAAAGAGAGUGACAGUCACAGAAAAAUCCGCCUCGGGGGAAAGCGAUACGGCUCUCCUGAGUCCUGGUGUCGACCCAAGCCCCGAAGGACACAUGACUCCUGAUCACUUCAUCCAGGGUCACAUAGACACGGAGCACAUAGCCAGCCCGCCCUGCGGCUCCGUCGAGCAAGGGCAUGGCAGCAACCAGGAUUUAACGAGGAACAGUGGAACUCCAGGCAUCCAGGUGCCAGUAUCACCCACCGUGCCCCUCCAGAGCCAGAAGUAUGUGCCAAACUCCACGGACAGUCCCGGCCCCUCGCAGAUCUCCAAUGCCGCGGUGCAGACAACACCACCCCACCUCAAGCCAGCUGCAGAAAAACUUCUGGUGGUCAAUCAGAACAUGCAGCCGCUGUAUGUCCUCCAAACUCUUCCCAAUGGUGUGACUCAAAAGAUACAGUUAACGCCUUCUGUUAGCUCUGCACAGAGCGUGAUGGAGACCAACCCUUCCGUGCUGGGGCCCAUGGGGAGCGGGCUUACACUGACCACAGGAUUAAACCCGAGCUUGCCCUCGUCUCAGUCGUUAUUCCCUCCCACAAGCAAGGGACUGCUGCCCAUGUCCCAUCACCAGCACAUACAUCCCUUCUCCACAGCCACACAGACCAGCUUCCCUUCAAACAUCAGCAGUCCGUCGCCAGGCCUUCUCAUCGGCGUGCAGCCACCCCCUGACCCUCAGCUCUUGGUGUCUGAAGCUAGCCAGCGUACAGACCUUGGUACCACCGCUUCCACACCUGCCACUGCCCUGGGCAAGAAACGGCCCAUUUCUCGGCUGCAGUCACGGAAGAAUAAGAAGCUAGCUCCCUCUGGAACACCUCCUGCUAUAGCUCCUCCUGAUAUGGUCUCCAAUAUGACCUUAAUCAACUUUGCUCCCUCCCAAAUCUCCAACCACCCGUUGGAUUUGGGAACCAUUUCGAAUUCAACAUCCCAUAGAACCGUGCCCAAUAUUAUCAAGAGGUCCAAGUCUGGGGUCAUGUACUUUGAGCAAACAUCUUUGCUUCCACAAGGAGGGACCACUACAGCCGUUGGCACGUCUCCCAGCGUGAUUGGACCAGAGGCCAGUCACCUCCCAGCAGGGCCUGUAUCAGGCCUGGCUUCAAGUUCCUCAGUGCUCAAUGUUGUAUCCAUGCCGGCCACGGCAGCCCCUACCACAGGUGGGUCGGUUCCUGGUCACGUUUUGGGACAAAGCUCGGUAACGUUAACUAGCCCUGGACUAUUAGGGGACCUCGGUUCAAUAAGCAAUCUCCUGAUCAAAGCCAGCCAGCAAAGCCUGGGUCUUCAGGAGCAGCACAUGACUUUGCCACCAAGCUCUGGGAUGUUUUCGCAACUGGGAGCAUCGCAGACUCCGUCUACAGCAGCAAUGACAGCUGCAUCGAGCAUAUGUGUUCUGCCUUCAGCACAGACGAUGGGGAUGACAGUUGCUCCAUCAUCUACUGACCCCGAGGGCUCCUACCAGCUUCAGCACAUGACACAACUCCUAGCCAGCAAAACCGGAGUGUCUUCUUCCCAGCUGGAUCUCAGCACGGCUUCAGCAACAACGCAGUUGUCGAGCUUUCCGCAGCUGGUCGAUGUUCCCAACAAUACUGGACUCGAACAAAACAAGGCAUCCUCGUCAGCGAUGCACGCCAGUUCAGCAUCUCCCGGAGGCUCUCCAUCAUCCGGUCAGCACUCUGCCAGCAGCUCCAUGCUGGGCCCCACGAAAAUGAAGCCGAAAAUCAAACGCAUACAGCCGCUGUUAGACAAAGGGAACGGAAAGAAGCACAAAACUUCUCACGCGUGGCCCAGUUCCUCUGAAGCACCUGUUCCCGACAGAGGGGCCAUUGCUGCAUCGCCAGUCUUGGCUGCAGGGACUCCUGCUGUGAAGACAGAUACGCAGGAUACAGCAAGCAUAGAGCAGCCAUUGCAGAAACAGUGUGGCCAGUCUGCAGGGCAAACAGCCGUCCUCCCAGAAUCUCAGUCAACACAGAACCCAGCGAGUGAGCAGGACAAUGCAGGCUCACGAGCUCUCGAGGAAGAAGAGAGUACAUUCAGCUCCCCACUUAUGUUUUGGCUUCAGCAGGAGCAAAAGAGGAAAGAGUGUCUUGGCGAGAAGAAACCAAAGAAAGGUUUGGUUUUUGAGAUCUCUAGUGAUGAUGGUUUUCAGAUCUGCGCAGAAAGCAUUGAAGAUGCCUGGAAGUCUCUGACUGAUAAAGUUCAGGAAGCCCGCUCCAAUGCCCGCCUGAAACAGCUCUCUUUCGCAGGUGUGAAUGGUUUGAGGAUGCUGGGGAUUAUCCACGACACUGUUGUGUUCCUGAUUGAGCAACUGUAUGGAGCGAAGCACUGCCACAACUACAAGUUCAGAUUUCACAAGCCGGAGGAGGCCAAUGAACCCCCUCUGAAUCCACACGGCUCUGCUCGGGCUGAAGUCCAUCUGAGGCAAUCUGCAUUCGACAUGUUUAAUUUCUUGGCUUCUAAACACCGACAGCCACCGGAAUACAACCCGAAUGAUGAGGAAGAGGAAGAAGUACAGCUGAAAUCAGCCCGGAGGGCAACUAGCAUGGAUCUGCCAAUGCCCAUGCGCUUCCGACACCUGAAGAAGACCUCCAAGGAGGCAGUUGGUGUCUACAGGUCUCCCAUCCACGGCCGGGGUCUGUUCUGCAAAAGGAACAUUGAUGCAGGUGAGAUGGUGAUCGAAUAUUCAGGCAAUGUCAUUCGCUCCAUCCUCACUGACAAACGGGAGAAAUACUACGACAGUAAGGGGAUCGGCUGCUAUAUGUUCCGCAUUGACGACUCCGAAGUGGUGGAUGCCACCAUGCACGGGAACGCGGCCCGCUUCAUCAAUCACUCCUGCGAGCCCAACUGCUACUCCCGGGUCAUCAACAUCGAUGGCCAGAAGCACAUCGUCAUCUUCGCCAUGCGCAAAAUCUACCGGGGCGAGGAGCUAACCUACGACUACAAGUUCCCCAUCGAAGACGCCAGCAACAAACUGCCCUGCAACUGUGGCGCCAAGAAGUGCAGGAAGUUUUUAAACUAGAACUUCCUUCCACUGCACGGGAGCCCUGAAGGGCCUGGGGCGAACCAAAGCUUCAAGUGAAUCCCUCCCCAGCCUCUCGGGCGGGACGGGAAGGCCAGAGGCAGGAGUGAAGGUCGGCUGGGCUCAGGGACCUGCCUAGCGGCUGUUUCUCUGUCAGAGUCCACAUCCUCAUGUCUCGCAUGCGCACACGUACCCUUUGGAAAGACAGGAGCAACUGGAGAAGAUCCUCGGCGUGAUUAUGUUUUUGUAUCCUCAUUUCCUCCGCCCCAGUGUUUUGUUUCUCAGCAAGGGGCUAACGAGCGGGAGAGGGGAGGUCGGCCAAGGCCCAAAUGUGCGGGGAGCAAUCGUGUGUCCUGUCCCUCUGUCUCCUGGCUCGGAGUGCUGCACGUGGAGUGCUUCUCUGCUGCGGUCAAGGGCUGUGUUGGAGUUUGGUUGCACGGUGGGAGUGAGCUUUCCUUCAAGAGAGAGACAGCCGCUGCUCCAGGAGCAGGCACGUGCCUGGCUGCCUCUGCGGUGCCUCUUGGCGCUGCUGGUGCGUCGGACAGCGUGUGGCGAGCCGGGGGCCGCUGGGCCUGGCUCGGCCGGUUCCACCUAGGGAGGCUUGAACAGAGGAGAGCGGAACACCCUAUGGUUUGACAGGAGAGGGCUUGGCUUGGGCUUCGCUCCAAGAUGCUUGCCGAGCACAGGGGAAUUCCUGGCAUUCUUUGGCAGAGAGCAGGCUUGCGCCAGCAGUUCGGAUGCUGUAAAUCUUUGGGAGCAAAGGCCUUUCAGCAGCACCUUUCCUCUCAGGCUUUGCCGGAGAGAAGCAGUCCUUUCUCUCAGCUUUCUCCUCCACCCAGUGGGCUUCCAGCUGGCAGUCUCCUUGCUGCUGUGAAGCUGGUCCAAGGGACAGGCAUCUCGAGGGAGGGAACCAGCUCCGGGCUCGGCUGUGUCGGCUGCAGAGCAGGAUCUGGGAACGGCUUGUGUGGAAGCUGCGGUGUCCUUGGGCCGGAUAGGACAGAGGAGUGAUCCUGUAGGCAGGCACCCAUCCCACUCCAUCUGCCAAGGGUGCUCACACUGUCCUCCCCGAAAGGCACGGGAAGAUGCACCAAAGCAGAACGUAAGCUCUUGGGAAAGGCAAGACUGAACGCUGCCCAGCUUCAUCUGUGCCGUAUGGCAUCCAGAAAGGCAUAGGAAAUACUGGAGCGAUGGACAGGGCUGGCAUUGCUGGAGCCGAGGUGCCUCAGUGAGCUGAAAGACACUGAGGUUCUGAGGAAAGCAGCGUAAAUCCCCCUCCCUCUGGGCCUGCUCCGCGCCUCCAGAACUGAGACACGGAGAAGGAUGUUGAAAGCCCCGCGUCUGACAAGCGGCAAUGUUGGAUUUUACUCUGUUCUGUUUACAGUUUAGUAUUUAAGGUUUUAUAAAUGUAAAUAUAUUUUGUAUAUUUUUCUAUGAGAAGCACUUCAUAGGGGAAAGCACUUAUGACAAGGCUUUUUAAACCGUGGUGUUAUCCUAAUUUAAGAGAAUCUCUUUUUAAUGAUUUUUUUAUUUUCAUAGGACGGUUACAGGAAACGCCCGGCUGGGCACAGUACGGUCCUUUCUCCAGAUGGGGUACCCUUUGUUUUUGUGUUUUACUCUUCUUCUGCCUGUUUGACUUCGGUCACUGUUCCAGGAGGUUUGUCUGGACCUGAACCUUUAUUUACCCAUCAGGGUGGGGCCGGAGGGAGCUGCCCUGGCUCUCUGUGCCCCGAGCAGGAGGCAGGAUUCUGCCUUGCCUCCUAGUGAUUAGAAAGGCAGAAUGUGGGAAGAGAGCUGGCCCUCGCUGUCUCUUUUUCUGGGAAGCUGGGCCGGGGCUCACCCCUCAUCCUGCAGCCUCUCGUGAAGGCAGAUGAGUUUUUCCACGGAGAAGGGACCGCUGGAAGCGCCUUUGCUUUUCCAAGCCGUCCGUGUGGGUAGAGGAGCAGCCGUUGGGAAGCCGGCAGGGGGAAAAGGAGGGGAGCACCUGCUGCCCUUGCCGUUGGGGUACCCCGAGUCCACACUCGGGACAGAACGGCGGGGCUCGGGAUCUGGGCAUUGCCGGAAUCCUUUCGUUAUUGCACUGUGUGAGGAUUGACGAUAACUGUUGGAAAAGUCGCGGCGACGCUGCGUUUGUCACUGAGCUGAUUUGAUGCACUGACAGUUUGGGAACGCACAUCCCUGGAAGAGGCCGCAGCGCGGCUGCCCGGGACCCCGUUUGGCUCUUUCCCUGUUUCUGCCGGCAGCGCUGGGAGCAGCCCUCACCGCUGCCAAGCCCCUGAGUUUCUCCGGGUAGCUCAGCUCUGCUGCGUUCUCCCACCUGCGCGUCGCGGGAGGGCCUCGGCUGGGAGGCGCUGCCCGGAGAUGUGGGGCGCGCGGGGUCAGGGGCGGCACGCAGCGGGGUCCCGGCACCGAGCCUGUGGGUCCGGCUGGCCGUGCGCUUUGCUGCUAUUCCUGUCGGGAGCCGCUGCCGCUGGCUGCACCCCGGGAAGCUGCGCUGGGCAGCGAGGCCGUGGGCCGGGCAGCGCCUGCCCUGUGCCCCGCGCAGCCUCCCCUGUAUGAAUGUAUAUUUUAUAAGGACUGACACAGAUCCCGGGAUCUGGGAACCCUACAAUAAAUGGAACCUUAGGGCGUUUAUUUUUCUCGUACCAAGGGCCGCGGUGUUUUCUAAGGAGAAGCGGGUCACUGCAAAGGGCUGGGCAUCUUUUCGUUCCGGUUUUUCUUUCGUUUCAAAGCAAUACCAGGUUCUCCGGCGGGACGGUCUGCGCAGAAUCAUGCCAUUCACCCCACGCUGCUGCUCCGCUCGACACGCGCAAGGUUUUAUAGCUAUAAAUACAAUAUAUAUAGGAACUAAUAUAGUGACGCACCGUGUAAUGAAGCCUCGUUCGGUAUCGGUCCAUGGCUUUUAAUUCUCUUAACACUAUAGGUAAGGAUUGUGUUACAGUUGCUGCCGACGGCCGGCACAGCCAGGCCGCUCGUUCCCCUCCACAGAGCCGGGAGCGGGCGACCGGGCAUUCCCGGCCCCUCGUGUUCCCAGUCAGUACUCGUACAACUCGGUUUCUUCCUUUUCUCCCUCUCGUUUCGGUUCUGGAUGUUGGGGAACCACCUGCAUAUGGGGAAAAAAAAAAACGUGCUCUGUGCUUUCCUGGUCUCUCGAGGUGCAGUAGCUUUGUCUGUCAGCGAGAGCUGUUCUUGUGGUGUUUCUUUUAUUGAACUUAACGGUCUCUUUAGUGACUACAGGUAGGUGAGUAAUUGUUUCAAAAAAAAAAAAAACAAAAAAAAGACAAAAAAAAGACAAAAAAAAAAAAAUAAAGCCCUGCCACGGCAAGGUUGUGUUCUAGAGCUGCAGUUCUGACAACUUAUCAUGUAUAACAAAUCGCGCCUCUUUUCCUUGUGUUCUUCCGAGCUUCUGGUUGUUCGUUUGGGUUUUUUUUUAAAAAAAACAUAAAAAAAAAAAAGGAAAAAAAAAAAAAAAGGAGGAACGGUGUCUGAUGCGAAUCAGUGUUAACGCCCCUCGUGGGGCCGAAGGAGAUACUUUAACGUCUAAAAAAUGCUGAGAGCUCUGCAAAAGACUGAAUGUAAAAAUAAAAACCUGUACAUAGUUGUAAAAAAAAAAAACAAAAAAACAAGAAACAAAGGAGUUUUUAAACAUGUUUAUUUUCUAUGCACUUUUUUUUAUUUAAGUGAUAGUUUAAUUAAUAAACAUGUCAAGUUUAUUGCUGCACAGGGCUGCUCUCAGUUUCUUCUUGAGCUGCUUCCAUCCGCUUUCCACUUCUCCCACUGGGAGCCACGG